AUGAUCCCCGCUACCAAGCGGACAGUCAACUCAUGUCUUCGAUGCCGUGCGCGAAAGAUUCGCUGCGGUCGCGAAAGACCAGAGUGUCAAAACUGCGCACGUCAUGGGCAUUCCUGCCGAUAUACCCCUACGACUCCCAGUGAGCGAAACUCCACAAGACCCGAGGGUCAGGAUGGGUCUUACAAGGAGCUUUCACAGCGACUCAGUCAUCUGGAGGCGGUAGUCGCGCGAUUGGCAGGCACCGCGCCCGAGGAUUCCCUUCCGGAGGGAUCUGCUGUUUCCAAUGCUGGUGAUGUCCAUAUUGUGGACAGUGAGCCACGCCUGUUGUCGGGGUCAUACUGGAAGCAAUUAGCUGCACAGCAUCCCGAUUUCAACGCCCUCUUAGACGCGAACCAAGAUGGAGACCUACCGCCCAAACGAAUACAGCCCAAUCGACCCUUGAACUUAUUCGUCGCUCCAGACCCUCAAUUUCACCCCCAUGAUUACAUUCCACCCCUAGCUGACGCCGAGCGAUUGUACACCAUCUUCGUCGACAGGGUGGACCCAGUCGUGCGCAUCAUUCAUAAGCCGACAUUUCUUGAGGAGAUGCAAGAGUACUACAUCCAAGUUGGACAGGAUAAUGGAGCUGAGAAAAGAUCGACCGCAGCAUUUGAGGCGCUUCUCUUUUCCGUGUUAUUUGCCGCUCUCACCAGCUUGUCUGAGCAGGAGCACUGGGACCCAUCGCCUCCAAGUCAGGACACUGCCCCUGGACAGAUCAAGCAGGGCUGCUUACAAGCUCUUCGGCUUGCUAUAGAACAGAGUCUGGUCCGAUCCGAGCUGCUUGAGCGGCCCCGCCUCCAUUCAAUCUCGGCUUGCUGUCUCUUUUUGUUUGUUACGUGUGAGGAAACCGAUGUACCAUACCAUUAUUGCUUAACUGGUCUGUUACUACGUGUUGCGCGAUCAUUCUCUCUCCAUGUGGACCCAGAAGCGCUGGCAGAUCGGAAGCGAAUACAAAAGCCAACAGAAGCUCCAUUUAGCGCCAUUGUUACUGAAGUUCGCCGACGACUGUGGCAUGUUAUUGUCCAUCUCGACUUCAUGUCUAGCGAAGCACGUGGCGUAGAUCCUGAACCCAUAACCAUCCAAACAUGGCCUACUACACUUGCGACUGCGUUACCCACGAACAUGAAUGACGAGGAUAUUGUGCAAAACUCACUAGGAGAUAACAAUAACGCACGUUUUACCGACAUGACAAUGUCUCUCGUUCGCUACCACCUUUCCCUCGGUGUGAGACAGCUAGUGACAACCCCUGCCCCUCCAUCUGGCUCUGACACAAUUCAGAAGUGUCUUGAUGAAACAGUGGAAAUAGUGGAGAGACAUUACCUGCAAUUUUGUCAUGCCAGCGAUCCUAUUCAGACAGUCACGCUGGAGCUUGGCCGCCUUGGUGAGUAUAAACUCCGGCUCAUUCUGUAUCAUCGAUUCCUGAAAGAACGUGAUGGCACGGCCAAUAAUGCCUACUGGAGCCCAGCUCGAAAGAAGGCUAUGGAAAAUGCUAAAGACCUCAUCUCCUCCUAUCAAACCCUUUUGGCCGACCCUUAUAUCAGACGAUUCCAUUGGCACAUUCGCCGGCACUCCCAACUACAUGGAAUGCUCCAUAUAAUCAACGAGCUAUCAACAAUAGAGACGUUUAAACUACCAGGUGAUAUUCAUGUUCUUUGCAAACAAGCUUGGGAAACCAUUGCCGACGUGGAGAUGGAAUCCGGCGGUUCAGGCAGCUCAGGAGAAAGUAGCAAAGAGGAACGACUGUGGACCUUUCUCCACAAUCUACGGGAACAAGUGAGGCUUCGCUUAUAUACACAGGGGUUUAUCAGUGGAAACACGAGCAUAAACUCGCUUGGAGAAGUUGAUUCUAAUUUUGCUAUGAGUGGUAUUGAUGGUACAAACCUGCUCGAGUCACUGUUCGGUGGUCAGCUUUCUUCGUUUGGAUUCAGUGGUAAUAGUGGCAUGGAUCUUUGA